CAUUCAGUUUCAUCUGAGACGUUUGGCGAAGCGGUCUAUAAAAAGGAAACAGCAGAAAUUAAAGAGGAAUCCGACUCGCCAGCAAAAGCAGCGUGAAACGCGUGUCGGGGGUCUUAACUGUGCAUAUAAAUAUAGAAAAUAAAGUAAAUACUUUAACAAAGUGAAUGUUUUGUGACUGUUUUCCACACAUACACAUAUAUCAGUGUGGUUUGAUAAUCCCCAAGAAUAUAGCUAACAGUUGAUAGUUCAGUUAAUUCAGUGCAUUCAAAUUGCCGUCGCUAAUUGUGUGACACCGUGCGAGGCGGAAUACUUUGACAUCCUGUCAAAGUUUUGGCAGCGGCUACAAACCGGGCGAAUACCGCAAAAUGACACGUGUCCGGCGUAUUGUGCGCACGGCCUAAAAGUAUGUUGCAUCAUUAGUGUCAAGCAUUGAAAAGCGCCUGGGAAAGUCGACUGCAGGCUCAUUAGGAUACGAGUAACAGCAAAAGCGCAUUACGAGGGCCAAAAGACAAGUUUCUAAGUCAAGCAACAAAGCAUUCAUAAUUACCAACAACAGCAGCAACAACAAGAACUACAACAACUACAAAAAUUAGGAGGAGGAGGAGGAAAGUUAAGGGCGCAAAAAGUGUCCUACAGUAAAUUUAAAAGCAUGAAAAUAGAGCUGGCUGCCAACAGAAGUCACUUGUGCUAUACAAAGCUCUGCAGGAUGUCAGCAUCGCCAGCAAGCUGAUGCGUUCCAAAAGCUCCAAAGAAGAAUAACUAUCACAAAAGAACAAGGCAGAGAGAUAAGGAGCGAGAAGAGAAGACAAAUUAAGAGCACACGCAAAUUGUUGCCGAAAAAUUGAUAUAUUCGAUUAGCAAUCUAGAAAGUUUAAGCCAAGGAGGGGCAGAGGACACGCCCAUCAUUGUGAGUGUGUUUGUGUGUGUAACUCUUGGAGAGAAGUUAAAGAAAAUUUACAUCCUGUGCAAGUCGCAUUAUCCGAUUUAAGCCCACAUCAAACGCCGAGUCAUGCCUGAGCAGGAUAAUUACGAUGAUGAGUUGGUUUCCAGCAAUCCAAAUCAACGCAAUUGGCGUGGAAUACUUAUUGCCUUGCUGGUCAUCAUCAUCGUUUUGGCCCUGAUUGUUACCUCGGUGGUGCUGCUCACACCCCCCGAUGAGGGACCUCGGGUCAAGGGGCAGCGCAUCAAGCUGCAGGACAUUGUCGACGGUCUCUAUGUGCCACAGCGCGCCAAUGGCAGUUGGAUCGAUGCUGAGGAGUUUUUGUACCAGGACCAUUUGGGUCGCAUCUGUCUGCUGAAUGCAGCCAAUCGCACGGAACGUGUCCUCAUGUCCAAUAUGACAUUUAAAAAUCUGUCGCCCUUCACAUUCACCUUAUCGGCGGAUAAACGUUACCUGCUGCUGGCCCAGAACGUUGUCAAGCUGUUUAGACACUCGUAUCUGGCACAGUACACACUUUAUGACACACACACGAGUGAGACCGUCAAAUUGCGCAACAAUCAGCUGCAGGACGAGUGGCCGUAUUUACACUAUGCUCGCUUCACUGGAGCUGCCAAUGCCCUGAUUUGGGUUUACAAUUACGAUAUCUACUAUCGGCAGGAGGUGCGAAGUCCGCACGCUUAUCGUAUUACCCACGAUGCGGUGCCGGGCAUCGUAUAUAACGGCAUUCCUGAUUGGUUAUACGAAGAGGAAAUCCUGCAUUCAAAUAAUGCCAUUUGGGUGUCGGAUGACGGCCAACUGCUGCUCUAUGCGAGCUUUAACGAUACACACGUGCAGGAGCAGCACUUUGCCUGGUACGGCACCACCUCAGCUGGCCCCGCAGGUGGUGCUGCGACAGGUGGCACGAGCGAUGGCGGUGGCAGCGGUGGUGGCGUUGGUAAAGGUAAUGGCGGCACAGCUGGUGGCACUAAUCCGCAUGCCAACUUGUACCCGGAAAUAAGAUCCUUACGAUAUCCAAAGCCGGGCACUCAGAAUCCCACAUUCGCUUUGCGUGUUGCCGACUUAUCGGAUCCCCAGAAGAUACACAUAACGGACUUGAAACCGCCGAAUAUUAUACAAAACGAAGAUCAUUACUUUAGCAGUGCCAGUUGGGUGAGUGGCACGGAGAUCGCAGUGGUUUGGUUAAAUCGACCUCAAAAUAUAUCCGUGGUCAGUAUUUGCCGGAGUCCGUCGUUCGUCUGCAUUGAGACCCAUCGAGUGAGCGGCGAUGGACGUGGUUGGGUGGACACCGUCUCAGUGCCAUUGUUUGCGGCCAAUGCAAGUCUCUAUGUGGCCAUAUCCCCACUACGAGAUGGUUCAUUUGGCUAUUUCCGGCACAUCGUGCACGUGGACAUUGACAAUAAUCGCGUGCUUCCCCUCACACAUGGACCCUACGAAGUGAAUCGAUUGCUGCACUGGGAUCAGCUGGAUAAUUGGAUCUUCUUCCUGGGCACACCGGAGCGUCUGCCCUCGCAGCAGCAUCUGUACCGCGUCUCGGCGUUGCCCGCUCGCCAGGGACAGGCUCUCCAGAUGCCCGAUUGUCUAACGUGUCCGGCUUUAAUGCAACGCAGCGAUGGUUAUGACGAGGGUCACACCAAAUCGCCGCCAAAGCUGGUCACUGCGUGGGACGAUGAUUGGGAGGACUCUGAGGAAUCAGAGGCGUUGCCACCGUCACCAGCUUUGCCAGUGGAACAGCAGAGACAGGGGCAUGGCCAUGGCACUGCACCACCGAGCGAUUGUCUGUACCACGAGGCGCAGUUUCCUCUCUCCCUGCGAGCGCGCUUUGUGCUUAUCGAGUGUCUGGGUCCGGUUGUACCCAGCGCUACCAUCUAUGGUCUAAAGCCCAUGGGAGCACCAAAGGCUAAGCGGCAAAAUGCACCGCAGGAGCAGCUGGAAAGUGAAACAGAAGCUGCCGAGAGACUUAUAGAGCCAAAGUCACAGUUUAUGGAGCUGCUAUUCACUGUGCAGAACAACACACGGCUCAAGGAGAAAAUGGCCAAAGUGGCGAUGCCGCAGGUGAAAACCUUUCCUGUCAUGAUCUCCGGCGGCUACCAUGCCCAGGUGCGUCUCUACCUGCCGCCCGUGCUGCGCGAGGAUGAGAUUACCCGUUAUCCCACCAUAUUACACGUCUACUCUGGUCCGGGCUCUCAACUGGUCACAGAUCGUUGGCACGUGGACUGGAACACCUAUUUGGCUGGCAAUAAAGAUUACAUUGUCAUCGAGAUUGAUGGGCGUGGCUCCUCUGGUCAAGGCUAUCAGCUGCUCCACGAGGUCUACAAACGACUGGGCAGCGUUGAGGUCUCCGAUCAACUGGAGGUCAGCGAAUACUUGCGGGAUAAUUUACACUUUAUCGAUUCACGUCGCAUGGGCGUCUGGGGCUGGAGUUACGGCGGAUAUACAGCUGCUCUCGCUCUGGCCGGACAGCAGUCGAUAUUCCAGUGCGGCAUCAGUGUAUCUCCAGUGACCAAUUGGAAGCUAUACGACUCCACCUAUGCGGAACGCUAUCUGAGUUUUCCCAACGUAACCGACAACUAUAAGGGCUACGAGGAGAGCGAUCUAUCCAAAUAUGUGGACAAUUUACGGGAUCGUCAGUUUCUGCUCAUCCAUGGCACCGCCGAUGACAAUGUGCACGUCCAGCAAUCGAUGGUUUUGUCCAGAGCUCUGACCAACAAGGGAGUGCUGUACAAACAGCAAAUCUAUCCAGAUGAAGGACACAGUUUAUCUGGAGUGAAGCGUCAUCUCUAUCGCUCGAUGACCGCCUUCUUUGAUGAUUGUUUUAAGAAGCUGGUGCCGCCGGAGUCUAAGGCUGGCCUCGGCAGCGGCGGCGAUAUGCAGCAGCAAUAAAUCCAGCAACAACAACUACAGCAGCAACAAUAACAACAAAACAUAACCAUACAAAUGUUCUGAUAACAGCAGCGAGAAGCAUAAAAUGAGAACACAAAACGUGCGCGAAAAACGUUUGCGUAAAUUACAUUAAAUGUAAUUUAUCAUAAACAACCACAUACACACAGACAGACGCACAACCAACAGUGGUGGCCACAUAAAUAGAGUCAAAAUGGGCAACAACAUAACGUAAAUGGCAUUUUGUAUAAAA